AUGAGUAUCACCACUACUAACAAUCAAAUAUCUGAAUUCAAACAAUCACUUCGAAAGGAAAACAAAUCACCUCCUCUUCCACCGUUGAAGAUUGUCAAGAAAAAUAAGAAGGACUUUGGAGAAAUAUCGGCAUCUAUGCUUAGAAAAGGUGAAAGCCUGCCUGAUCUACUAAAAAAUAAUCCCUAUGUUUCCCCAAAUAUGAUUAAAAAAAGUUUACUAAAAAUUAAAGAUGAGUAACAAAGCAUCUCCAUAAGUAAUAUAUUUAAGAAGAAUUAAAAUAAUUUGGCUAAAAAAUCUAUUAAAAUUGAAAGAGAGCUCCUCAAAAUCAGUGAUGAGUCCUAGCAUCCCAUAUCGUAAACUGAUAGUAACAUCAUUUUUACAUUUGCUACAUCAAGCUCAGUAAACAAUAAACAGUAGCAAUAAUUUAUUCAAAUUUAAGACAGAAAAUCAAGAAACAUUCACAACAGGAGUCUUAAGACCUUGUAGCCACUUGAUUAAUCCUCCACACUUAAAUAAAAGUUAUCUUCAUCCUAAAGUACUGAUCAACUAGGUGAGGGAGAGGUAUAGAUUCCGACAACAGCACAGCAUGGUAAGUUUAAUUAAUUCCAAACUUUACCCCCAAGAUAAUAAACAAACUUAAUAACAAAAUCUUCGAAAAAUAUCAAACUUGAUAAAAUACCUGGCCAAACUUUAAGUCAUGCCAACUCUUCCUCAAAUAUUAGGAAAACAUUAAAUAAUUCUGCGAGUAGUUCAAAUAUGUCUUUAUAGUAAGCGGAGAAUGGGAAUCUACUUCAGUAUCAAAGUUAGAUUUAAUCAGAAAAAUUGAAGGCCAGAACUUAGUAACUUCCAACUAACGUCGACUCAGUAGAUUCAAAGAGCAUAACGAAUCUUGCAAAUGAUUAACCACUUGAAUAUGAUAGUUUGGUUGAUCUGGCCUAAAACGUAAAGAUUGAGGAAAAUAGUACUAGUAUCAAAGUCUAAAAUAAACCUCCAAAGCCCUAAAUAAAAUAGGCCUUAGCUUUUUUAAUAAAACAGGAGCACAAACAUUAAAAGACGUCAUUGUAGCCUUCAGUGUUUGGAGUUACAACAAUUAAAAACCAUAUAGAGAGAUAUGUUAAAUAGAAUUUCAACUACUCUCAUUUUCUCUAUGAUCUUAAAAGCUUGAACUAAUCUCUAGAUUUCGCCUCUACCAAUCGUGAGACUGAUUAAAUAGUAUCUUAAGGAAUGAAGGACAAAAUACUAUCUUAAAGCUAUAUAAGUAAUGAUAUGAUGAACUCCAUCAAAAGCUUCGAUAACCGGAUAACUGCCUAACUUAAAAACGAACUGUUUGCCCAUUUGCAAUCACCAAAAAUCAUGAAGGAUCUGAAUCUCUAGUAAAUACCAAAUCAAGUUGAUGUCUCUAUGCAAUAUGAGGAGUAGUAUGAGAUUUCAGAAAGAGACAAGAAUCAGAUAUAAGAUUGCUAUGAGGAAGAAAGUCAAAAUAAAUAGCAAAUAUAAAACAAAAAUCUCAUGAAUGUGACUGAUUAUGUUGAUUUGAAAUUGCAUGAUGAUGACUUCAAUAAUAACUUAAAGUCAUAAAGAAUUAGAGAACAAGAAAUUGAAAAAAUCUUUGAAAUACAGAUUAUGAAUGAUAAUGAUAGAUUCUAAUAAUAAAAGACCAAUCAAGAGACAUAAAGUUCAUUUAUUGCACCAGUUUAAGUUCUAGAGAUAGCAUGUCAAAAUUCAUUUAUUGAAGAAUAAAAAUAGUUUUAAAGUGUCAAUUUAUAAACAUCCUUCACUUCUAAUUAAAAACUUACGACACCAAGAAAUGAAAGCAAUAUCAUUCAAUUUAAAAUUGUUAGUUAAAAAACACCAAAGAAUCUGAAUGAUUAAGGCACAUUCAUGGGACAUAGCUUUAAAAGAAGUAUGAUUGAUAUUAUUGAUGAAGUUCAAAUUCCUGAAUCUAAAUAAUCUUUGAAUCCUCUAGAUUUUUAAAAUGCUGUAUUUGAAUUAGAUAUCUAAAAUAAAAGCAAAACAGUCCAUCGUAAGUUUGAAAGGAAAAGGAUUUUCAAGAAUCAGUUUGACUUCUUGUUUUUCUGUAUUGAUAUUUACAGAGAUAUGCUCUCCACUAACUAGAAUAAUGUGCUAUACCGAGCAGUGAGAUAGAAAAUCUUAAAAAUAGGAUUAAAUGCCUAUUAGAAAUAUGUUGAGGAGAAAGACAAAGAGUUUAUUAUCAAGAGUUACAAAAGAAAUCAGUAUAAAGAAAAGAUGAUGCAAUAGUUUAACUAAAAUGCAAAGCCAAAGAAAGAUAUAGUCAACUAAAAAACAGAGAAAAAUCAAGUUAAAGAGAAUAGAUAAUAGUAAGGAACUAAGCUGCCUCCUAAGCCUACUUCACCUGUAAUGGCAAAGAAGAGUGAGAAAUAGCUAACUCCCAUAUUUGAAGGCUUUUAAGACCAUGAUAAGUUUCCACCCUCUCGCCCAUCAGUGACUAUUUAAAUACUAAAUUCAGAAAAGAAAGGGUCUGAUACAAUGCCACUGUACAUUGGGAAUGAUAACACACCAAAAGUAAAAAUCCAAGCAGAUGAUGAGAUAUCAUCUAUUAGAAACAAAAAUCAAAAUAAUCCGAGAAUUUCUAAUUCUUCUGCUGGUUCAAAUUUCAUUGAUAAUUUGAUGUUUCAACUUAAAAAGUAGUAUAAAGAUCCUGACUCUGGAAAUUAGAUCAAGAAGGAUUCGUCUAACUCUGAUUUGAGCUAGGCAUUCCAUUAAAAGGAAAGCAUCAUAAGCCCUUAAACUAGAGGUUACGAUAAUAUAGUUGGAAUCAAGUCUUCUUAAAUUCAGCAGGACAACAGUACUAUUGAAAUAAAGUAUGAGAUAGGUGAGGUAAUUGCAACUGCCUCUGGUUCAAAAAAGAAAUCCUUUAAUAUAAUUGAAGAUAAAUACGAAGAUAGUAUGGAGGGAAGUGAACAAUCUAGUCGUAAUAUAGCUAGUAGAAAUUAGUAAAAAAUAACUCCUAGCUCAGCUAUCAAAACUAAUUCCCACAUGUCAAUUUACUAUGAUGAAUUAAACAGUGAUGAGGAAGAAAAAGAAAGGAUAGAUGAAGUUUAUGAAUAAGAUGAAUCAUCUGAAUCAAAAGAAAAAUCUCCUUAAACUUUUAGAGAUAGAUAAAUUUAAGAUAUUAAAUAGCCAGAUUUUUCUAUUGUAGCAAAGGCAUUAACAAGGAAUAAAACUAAGGAUCUGGAAAUUCAGGUUUAAAAACAGCAUACUACUUAGUCUAUGAAAAGAGUAACAUAAAUUAAUACUUCUGGGCUGAUGAUAAAGCCGUUUUAGUCGUCAAUAUCACCAAUAACUCAGAAAAUGCCAUAUCAUGGUAGUUCUGAUAAGAUAGAUCAAGCAGUAGAUGAGACUAGAGAACUUUCAAAAACUAAUAUCGUUACUUAGCCCAGACGAAUGACUCUUAAACCAGAAGAUGCUAUAUCUCCUAAUAGACUUAACUUGACUUUACUAAAAAACAAAUCACCGAUGGCACUAACAAAGGGGCUGACUAUAUAUUCACAUCAAAAGAGUAUAAUUAGUGGUAAAAGCUAGAGUCCAAGUGGAGCAAGUCAAAAUGGAAAACCAGACUUGAAAACUUUUGUCAAUGUAUUUUAGGACUUAGAUGCAACUAGAUAAAAAUAAAUCCUGAAAGCACUUGAGCCGCACUUAAAAUAAGCAUAGAAUUCCCAAACUGGGCCCUUGAAAUUAAAAACCUAUGCAGACUUUGUCAAGUAAAGUAGCAAUGCCUCGAAAUAAACAAUCAAUAACUCGAAUUCAAAUAUUAUAUAAUAUCAAUGA